CAACGUACACGACCCUCUACUACCACAGCUCUUUAGUGCUUCGAGUGAAACACAUGCUCCCAUAUGUUAUUCAUGUCCUAGUCAUAGUGCUUCUUGUUCCACAAAAUGCUAUCGCUCAGCUUUCUCUUCCAAGUUCUCCUUGGCUGCCGCCGAACGCUUCUUCCGGUGCCGUGCCAUCGACCACAGACAGGUCUCCCAACCCACAAUGGAUAACUCUCUUAGGAGAUCUCAUAUAUUUCUAUGAAGAACAACGCAGCGGAACAUUACCCAGCACGAAUCGAGUGUCAUGGAGGAAUAGUAGUGCGGUCGACGAUGGAGAGGACGUCGGGCUCGAUUUAAGCGGUGGUUAUUAUGACGCUGGAGAUUAUAUCAAAGCUACUUUUCCUUUGGCUUUCACAGCCAUGUCAAUUUGCUGGGGUGCAAACGAUUUCGGCCAAGGGUACGAUUUAGCAAACCAGACUGCCUACCUCGAUGACAUGAUCAGAUGGACUAUGGACUGGCUGAUGAAGGCUCACCCCUCGAAUAAUACACUCUAUGUGCAAGUAGCGGAUGGGAACUUGGAUGAUGCGUAUUGGGGUGGCGAUCUAGGCAUCCCUACACCAAGACCUUCCUACCAGAUCAAUGACACUGCCCCAGGUACCGACGCAGCUGCAGGGACUGCAGCAGCUUUCUCCGCUUGUUCCGCCCUCUACGCCAACCGUGCAUUGGGUGGCACUUCUUCCAACACUACCAACACCACCACGAGUCCUUUCUCCGCUCCUGCAUCAUUACAAAACUCAACGUAUGCUACACUCCUCCUCUCGCACGCCGAAGCCUUGCACGAAUUCGCGACAAACGCCACUGCCGGCCUCCAAACUUAUCAAACUUCCGUCCCAGAAGCUGGUACAGCCUACGCUUCAUCUUCCUACGGCGACGAACUCGCCAUCUCUGCACUCAUGCUUGCAUGGGCGUCCAAUUCGAGCGACAGGUACGAAGAGGCGGUGGGUUAUUGGCAAGAUUACGGCCUCAGCGGGCAGGAUCAAGUGUUCAACUGGGACUCGAAGGGUCCAGGGUUUGCGGUGUUAGCGACUCAGUUGUCGUUAGUAGAGCCGGGGCUAGUGGGAAAUCUGACGGGGUGGCAGUCAGAGGCCGAGAGCUAUUUUGAUACGAUUGUGAAUGGAACUGGAAGAAGUAGUCAGACGGAUGGUGGUCUGCUAUGGUAUCCUGGCGAUUCGGACGAGGUGUCUCUGAACCCAGCGUUGAACGCAGCCAUGUUGUUGGCGCGUUAUGCACCAAUUGCAUCAACAGACGACAAAAAGACAUCAUACCUGAAUUUUGCAAAUCAACAGCUGAACUAUGUUCUCGGAAAGAAUCCCAUGAACGCUCCCUACAUUGUCGGAACGAACCCGAACGCGCCGGCGAAUCCUCACAGCGCGAUGGCAAGCGGAGGCAACGACAUCUCAAAUAUCGAUACAGACCCUGAGACAGAAGCCUAUGUCUUGUACGGAGCAGUCGUCGGCGGCCCUGAUCCUUCAGACAAGUUCUGGGAUAUCCGAAGUGAUUGGGUGGAGACUGAAGUUGCGCUGGACUACAACGCUCCCAUGCUCACCCUCGCAGCGUGGCAUGUCCUCAACGACUCCUCGGACCCCUUCUAUACCUCCCUCGCAGCCGGGUCCUACUCGCGGCCAAAAGGCUCGCCAUGCGACGCUGCGCUCCCUUGUCCUAUACCGCCUCUAUCGUGGAAAGGGAAAGUUGGGAUGGGAGUCGCCAUUGGGGUUGUCGGACUUGUCAUCGUGGGGUUGACUCUGUAUUUACUGAUCGCCGGGAGGAGGAAUAAGGUUGGUUGAGGACUUAUGAACUAUGUUUUGGUCUUCAUAUCAUGACUACUCGACUUGCUUUGUUUAAUGUUUUGUUGUGUUAUACCGAGCUAAAGCAUGUAUAAUGGCUACGAUGCUCCGAGGAUGUGGUUGUAGACAUCUAUACACACCUACUAAUGGAAGGGCUACGAG